AUGUCAAAGAGCCCGAUUACUUGUCAUGUCCUCGACGUGUCUAUAGGCAGACCAGCUGAGGGUGUCGAAGUCACCCUUCAAGUGUACCACAAGGGCCCUGGUGGCAUCGACGUAUUCAAUCCACUCGCUCAGGGUGUGACUGAUGGUGACGGACGCUGCUCCACGUUGCUUCCGCCCCGCAACUCUGCGGAAGCAAAGGAUACGGGACAGGAGCUUCGAGCAGGCAUCUACAAGAUAAUAUUCAAGCCUACGGACUACUUUGAGAAGAUCGGGCGGAAAUGCUUUUACCCUUGGGUCGAGAUCACGUUCGACAUCGAGAACCCAGAUGAACACUAUCAUAUCCCUCUCCUCAUCAGCCCAUAUUCCUAUGUUACUUACAGGGGAAGUUGA